AUGGGAAACACUCAGGGGAAACCGGUGGCUUGCAACGAUGCGGUCAACCUCAACCAUUUCCGCCUCCUCCGCGUGGUUGGCAAGGGUGCCUUUGGCAAAGUCCGCAUCGUGGAGAGAAAGGAUACCGGCUUAACAUUUGCCCUUAAAUAUAUCCGCAAGGAAGAAGUUGUGCGUUCGGAAAGUGUACGAAACAUUAUUCGCGAACGGCGCAUGCUUGAGCACUUGAACCACCCGUUCCUUUGUAACUUGCGGUACAGCUUCCAGGAUAUGGAAUACAUCUACAUCGUGGUGGAUCUCAUGACUGGCGGCGAUCUUCGGUUUCAUAUCUCGCGGAAGUGUUUCACCGAGGAGGCGGUGCGUUUCUGGAUGGCAGAGCUUGCUUGUGCCCUGAGGUACAUCCACUCGCAGGGCAUUAUCCAUCGUGAUCUCAAACCCGACAACGUACUAUUGGAUUCCGAGGGACACGUCCAUUUGGCUGAUUUCAAUGUGGCGUCAGACUUCCGACCCGGAAAGCCUCUCACGAGCAAGUCGGGUACCUUGGCUUACUUAGCUCCGGAGGUGUAUGAAGGUGGCGGUUACUACUUCGAAGUUGAUUGGUGGUCUUUAGGUGUCACCUUCUAUGAGUGCAUCUAUAACAAACGACCGUUCGAGGGCCGCAGUCAGGACACCCUAAGCGAGAACAUAAAGAGAGCACAGCCCAAGUACUAUGUCACCAACCCCGCCGUAUCAGUCCCCUGUCUCCGAGCCUUGUCGGCAUUGAUCGAGAAGGACCGCAGUCGACGCAUUGGCGCUAUCAGCUUCGAAAGUUUUACAUCACACAUGUUCUUUGCAGAUAUCGACUUCGAUGCGCUUGAGCGGAAAGAAUAUUCGCCCGUUUUCCGUCCCUCCAGCGAUAAAACUAACUUUGACGCAACUUACGAUUUGGAGGAACUAUUGUUGGAAGAAGCACCUCUCGAGGCCAGAGCUCGUCGGCAAAAGCCACGCGCUGAACUUCGCGAGGAUGCGACGGCCAAGGAGGUUCGUGAGGAUGAGCUCCAUCGCUUGAUCGAGACGAUGUUUGAGCCCUUCGACUACACACUAGCCAGCUUCCAAGUUAAUGCUGCGGAAGCUAUCGCUGCAUCAACAAACCCCGAAGACUGCCUUCCCAUUGCUUCCGCCGCCAGCGCAACCACUCAUUCCCGCCAACUUUCACAACCUGAAUCGUCUGCUCGAAACUCGUCACCUCCACAGCACGAGCAUGGCUUCCACGCGAUCUCGCAGAAUGAGAAUAUGACCAGUGUCAGCGAGAACCUUGAUCCGAACGACUCGGCCGGACCACACCCACCCUCCCCCUCGACUCGUGCCUCGCCUUCGCCUCCGCCUGCCCCGAUGCCUCCCGCCCCAUCCUUCCACCGCCCAUUACCCCCCACGCCCCGCCCUCAUGGCGGUGCUACAAGGAAGAUGAGCAAAGGAGGCGGUGUACAAAUGGUGUUGGAGGAAUCCGGGAGCUGGAGCGAACUCGCAGAUCAUCGCUCUACUCUCCCGGCCGAGGGUCUCGAGGGUGCUGUAGGCAAGGGCAAACAAUCCAACAGCGGCAUGCUUUCGUUCCUCAGCCGGAAGAAGGGCCGCGAUCGCAGUCCCAAGCCCACCGAGCCGGGUGUCUUGGGCAAAGAGGGAGCCCGACAGAUCAUUAGUUGA